AUGUCGCAAACAGAUAUUCUUGGCCUCCAGGGGCUUCAAGGGCUGCACGAGGGGCUGAGAAGCCCCGAUGCAGAGUCGUUGCGCUCAUUUACUGAGACAAUUCAAGGCGAAUAUCACGAAUGGGUCACCGAGUCGCGUUUAGGGUCACGAAGACCUGAUCCAUUACUGGACAGCUUUCCCCAACCACCUAGGAUGGAAAGUUUGGAUCCAAUCGAAGAAGAGAUGGAAGUGUAUCCUACACCGAAGCCGUCUAUCAAGAGCCUGCGUCGCCAUGCUACAGCCACUGAGCUGCCUCUUCUACAACAAGUGAAUCCGAAUGAGGGAGCCCCAGAGUUCAACCCCGUCAGCGAAGAGAGCGGCUCAUUUGAUCUCAUUGCACCUUACGAUGGCGGGGAUCUACCACUAUACAAACUGGAACGAAUUGCAGACAUAAUGUUCUCAUCCGAACAUAUGCUUACAAUUCUUAACAACCCCCGGUAUUUAGCUCGAUUCCGCGACUUUCUUCUAGAAGAGCGGCCGCGCUCGGUUUCCACCCUUACAUACUACCUCAAUGCCUGCAAAGCGCUCAAGGCACUUCAGUACGCUAAUGCGCUCGUUCGUCUAUCGGUUGAUGUCCCUCCUCCAGCAGUACAUACAGAUGAAGAAACCGCCGGCGUGACGGUGAACCGGGUUCUGGAGCAGCGUGUUGUAGACGGGCUGUUGGCUCUCACUGCUGAGGAACUUCCUGCCUUUAUCACAUCAAGAUGUAUCAGUAUCACAAGUAAGAUCGUCGUGGAGCGGAUCCGAGGAACUUUACCGAUGAAGUUCCGAGGGAAUUCAAAUGCACUAGCAGAAGUGUUCUGCUUGACGGAUCCAUCGCGACCUGACAAUCCAAUUAUUUUCGCAUCAGAGGAGUUCCACAGAACAACACAGUACGGCAUGGACUACGUCCUUGGCCGAAAUUGCCGCUUCCUACAAGGGCCGAAGACAAAUGCAAACAGCGUUCGUCGACUCCGCGAAGCUAUACAUGCAGGCCGACAUCACUCGGAGAUGUUUCUCAACUACCGCCGCGACGGCUCUCCAUUCAUGAACCUGCUCCAGUGUGCACCUCUAUGCGACAGCCACGGCCGCGUCAAAUACUUCAUCGGCGCACAGAUCGAUGUCUCGGGACUCGCAAUGGAGGGGGCCUCGAUGGAGUCAUUCAUGGAACUUCAAAACAAACACCGCGAACCCGAUGAAGAGAGCAUCGCAGAGGCACCAGAGCCAGAAGAGAAGGAUGAGUUCCGGGAAUUGACUGAAUUGUUCAGUCCCCGAGAACUCUUGUCCGUUCAAAAGCAUGGUGGUCACCUCUUCCAGCCUGCAAAUGCUCAUAUGUCUCCGCAUCACCCGCGAUCAUGGUUACAGCACGACGCUUCUCUAGAGCGUGAGACUGAAGCCAUGCGUCUGCAAGAAAUGAAGUCGCCCUUUUUCCGUAUGUCAUUUGCGGGUGUGUAUGAAAAUUAUCUGCUCGUUCGCCCCUACCCUUCCCUUAGGAUCCUGUUCACGUCGCCGGCCCUUCAGAUUCCAGGUAUGCUCCAGUCAUCAUUCCUAUCACGCAUCGGCAGUUCCUCGGCAGUGAAAGAUGAACUGCUACAAGCCAUGGUCGUUGGUCGCAGUGUGACUGCACGUAUCAAAUGGAUAACACGAACCAACCCUGAGGGUCGCAGUCGCUGGAUCCAUUGCACCCCUUUACUUGCAAGUAAUGGCCAAGUCGGUGUGUGGAUGGUUGUAGUUGUGGAUGAUAAGGAGGAGCAGGUGUUCAAUUGGCGCAAUUAG